UCGCCAACAUCGAACUGACGACCAGACCAGAUCGCCUUCGAUUCACUUCGAGUUCAGCUGCUUCAGACCCUGGAAGAAGCCUCUCCGAACUUCGCACGCCGGAGCUCUCGAAGGAGGUAAUUUGAGGUGGGCACGGCAUUUCGGUCAUCGGGCCCGAACGGAUUUUUCUGGGGUUGUUUUCUUGAGUAUUUUGCCUAUGAUCGGACAAAGUUUCAUCCUCAAUAGGGUCUCUUCGGCUCCCACAAUUUCGAGUUUGUCGAAUUGAUUGGUGAAACAGAUAGAAUUUAUGGGUGACACGUCUGGGUUUCCUAGCAAAAGGGCCAAGAAUACAGAUGCGAAGAUUGAGGAUCACAAAGUGAGUGUAUAUGUUUGGGACAUGGAUGAGACUCUUAUACUGCUCAAGUCUUUGCUAAAUGGGACGUACGCGGAGGCGCACGGCAGUUCCAAGGAUGUAGAGAAGGGUAAAGAAAUUGGCAAGAUGUGGGAGAAGCUCAUACUCGACCUGUGCGAUGAUUAUUUCCACUAUGAGCAAAUCGAGAACUUUAAUGAGCCCUUUCUUGAUUCUUUGAGCAAAUUCGACGAUGGGCAAGAUCUUUCUGAUUACAACUUUGAUCAAGAUGGACUUGGUCCUCCAAAAGAUGAUGCCAAUAAAAGAAAACUAGCAUACAGACUCAGAGCCGCAGGCUAUAUGUAUGAAAAGGGUCUGCGCAAUAUCUUUAACCAAGACUUAACAGAAAAGUGGGAUCACUUAUACCAAAUGACCGAUGAGUACACGGACGGUUGGCUCUCCUCGGCCAGGUCCUUCCUGGAUCAAUGUUCCACUGGGCAGGAGGAUCCAAUUGCUUGUCCUGACUCGGCCAAAGGAAAGGCCGAAAAGAGUAAUUCUCAUUGCAUAAACAUUCUAGUGACCUCAGGAUCAUUGAUACCCAGCCUUGCAAAAUGCUUGCUCUUUCGCUUGGAUGGUUUGAUAAAGCACAAAGAUGUGUACAGCUCAUGGGAAGUGGGGAAAGUCCAAUGUUUCGAGUGGAUUAAGGAGCGUUUCGGCGGUCCCAAUGUCGAGUUCUGUGUGAUUGGAGACGGAUGGGAGGAGUGCGAAGCGGCAGAAGCAAUGAGAUGGCCAUUCGUCCAGAUCGAUUUGCGACCAAACAGUUCUCACAGGUUUCCUGGCCUUACACUGAGAACCUUGGGAUUUUACUUCUCCAUUGUGUAUGGGAAUCGUGGUGCUGCGACUGACGAAGUCGAAGAGUGAGUUAGUGACUUACUUUGCUAAGAAAGCAGUCUAGACGAAAUAGCAUGUUCCGUGUCUCAGGUGGAAAAUCCUGGUUAAAUUAGUUUAUUUGAUUCACCUUGGCUGUCAAUUUCUUAUCUCUUCAUGUGUAUUUUCCUCGAGUAUAUAAGAGUUUGAUGUGUGAAGGGCUGCUUCUUUUCACUCUCCUAAUGUUACUUGUACAGUUUCUUCUUC